GCCGAGCCGGAGAGGAGCGGCAGAACCGUCUCAGAGCACUGAUGAGAUAAAGGAGGAACGUUUUUCUUUCGAUUAUGGUCUCAUGGUACCAAGUGACGCGUCCCUCCCGUGAGAUUUGCUCCCCCGAAGCCCCUGAGAAGAUGUCAGGGAUGCAGGCCGUUUGGCCAUCCGGUACGGAAUGUAUCGCCAAGUACAACUUCCACGGUACCGCCGAGCAGGACCUGCCGUUCAGCAAGGGAGACGUCCUCACCAUCGUUGCUGUCACCAAGGACCCCAACUGGUACAAGGCGAAGAACAAGGUGGGCCGGGAGGGCAUCAUCCCCGCUAACUACGUGCAGAAACGGGAAGGAGUGAAGGCUGGCAUCAAGCUCAGCCUCAUGCCGUGGUUCCAUGGGAAGAUCACACGGGAGCAGGCAGAGCGGCUGCUGUACCCACCUGAAACGGGGCUGUUCCUGGUGCGGGAGAGCACCAACUACCCUGGGGACUACACCCUGUGUGUGAGCUGUGAGGGCAAGGUGGAGCACUACCGCAUCAUUUACUCCUCCAGCAAGCUGAGCAUCGACGAGGAGGUCUACUUUGAGAACCUGAUGCAGCUUGUGGAGCAUUACACCACGGAUGCUGACGGGCUCUGCACGCGCCUCAUCAAGCCGAAGGUGAUGGAGGGGACGGUGGCAGCUCAGGACGAGUUCUCCCGCAGUGGCUGGGCCCUCAACAUGAAGGACCUCAAGCUGCUGCAGAUCAUUGGCAAAGGGGAAUUUGGAGACGUGAUGCUGGGUGAUUACCGGGGGAACAAAGUCGCCGUCAAGUGCAUUAAAAACGACGCCACAGCGCAGGCUUUCCUGGCAGAAGCGUCCGUGAUGACGCAGCUCCGACACAGCAACCUGGUGCAGCUGCUGGGGGUGAUCGUGGAGGAGAAGAGCGGCCUCUACAUUGUCACUGAGUAUAUGGCCAAGGGCAGCCUAGUAGAUUACCUGCGGUCGCGCGGGAGGUCGGUCCUAGGUGCAGACUGCCUGCUCAAGUUUUCCUUAGAUGUCUGUGAAGCCAUGGAGUACCUGGAAGCCAACAACUUUGUCCAUCGGGACCUGGCGGCGAGGAACGUGUUGGUCUCAGAGGACAACAUUGCCAAGGUCAGCGAUUUUGGGCUGACAAAGGAAGCGUCGUCCACUCAGGACACGGGGAAGCUGCCUGUGAAGUGGACAGCACCCGAAGCACUUAGAGAAAAGAAAUUCUCCACCAAAUCGGACGUGUGGAGCUUCGGGAUCCUCCUGUGGGAAAUCUAUUCCUUCGGGCGAGUGCCUUAUCCGAGAAUCCCCCUGAAGGACGUGGUGCCCCGGGUGGAGAAGGGCUACAAGAUGGACGCGCCCGACGGCUGCCCAGCCAUCGUCUACGAGGUGAUGAAGAAGUGCUGGACGCUGGACCCAGGGCACCGGCCGUCCUUCCACCAGCUCCGUGAACAGCUAGUGCAUAUCAAAGAGAAGGAGCUCUACCUGUGAGAGGGCUCUGGGGGGCACCUCCAACCCCAGGGGAGGAGCAGGGGGGCUCUCCCAGCCCACGCAGCACAGAGGGCCACCCAUGGGAGCGGCCGGAGGGAGCCCAACCACCAGGGCAGCCCCUCCUGGUCGCUUCCAACCUUCCAAAUCGGUCUUCGUUGGGUUUUGUUUUGUUUGUUUUGUCUCCCAGGCUUUU